AUGCUCUUUCGCUGCUUGGACGUCGAGCAGGAUCACCACCGGCCCAGCCUCUCCUUGACAGAGAUAGGCUUCCUGGACAACUGGGAGGCGUCGGCGUCGGAGUCGGAGGAGGAGCCCGAAGAGCGACGCCGCGCCGAAAGCUCUCGGAAGGCGCGCCAGACCUCCGCCCGCCCUCCCCGCCCCGCUGGCGCCGGCACCGCGGGCGCGGCGCUGCCGGAGCUGCGGUCCAGGUCGCAGCCGGAGCGGGACAGGCCCACGGGGCCGGACCUCACGGCGAUCCUGCGCGGCCCUGAGCCGCCGCAGCCGCCCAGACCGCCGCGGCCACGGAAGGACCCAAGACAGGAGCAUGAGCAAUGGGUGCAGCAACGGGAGCAGGAAGUGCAGAGCGUCUAUCGAGUGGCUUCGGAACGCCAGGUCAACAGUUCGGAGGUGACAAAGCGUUUGUACCAUCCGGAAGUUCGAGAUCCAAAGACAGGCGUGCCCAGCUGGUUGCACUCCCUGCGCGAGGUCACGCGCUCGAGGAGUGAGGCGCUGCUGCCCCGGCGCCCGGGCGACGCGUCCCGCGACGUGUCCCGCGGCACGUCCCGCAACCCGUCCCGCGGCUCAGCGUCGAGGGCUCGCGAGGCGGAGUCUCCGACGGAUCCCAUCUAUCGCUACGGCAGUCACGGCACGGUGGUGGCGCCCUUCCACCUCAACGAGCUCAAUCUGCAGCCUCUGCAGGGGGAGGAGAUGUCCAGGCGUGGCUGA